AUGAGGAAAAUCUUUCACUCAAAUAAGUUGAUCAAGGAGAAUGGAGAUAUGCUUAGACGGAGAUUCCACGUGGGUGGAUACUCGAACAGCGACAAUUUCAACCCCAGCAUGGCUUCGUACAUUGAGGGCGCCUACCGGAUAUGGCGGCAAGACAGGAACUCUCUCCACAAGUCGUGGGACCACUACUUCGCGGAGAUGUCGGAAGAAGCAGGGCCCCUUGGGAUCACCUCCCCUCGUGUACUGAUGACCAAGGAUGAAGCAGAGAGGGAUAUUCGAAGCAGAAUGGGAGGCACGGAAUUUCCCAAGCAAAGAAGUAACAAUAUCAGGAUUACAUACGUGAACAAUGAGAUGCUCGAUAAAGGGAGGAUGGGAAAUAUCUACGACAUUGCCCGUAUAGUACAGCUUAUCAGGUGGUACCAGAAGAAGGGCCAUUUGUAUGCAAACAUAAACCCAUUACCGUUACCCAAUACACCUCCAUACAGUAGUGUGGUGAAUGAAACAGAUAAGAAAAAAAUGACAUACUCCGAUUUUGGUUUCACCAAGGAUGAUUUGGAUGCAGAAUUCUCCUUCGAUUUGCCAUCCAUUACUGGUUUUUCUAGUGACAAAAAAGAAACAAGCACAUUGAGAAGUUUAAUAGACAGACUAGAAGAAACGUACUGUGGUACAAUCGGGUUCGAAUACAUGCACAUAACGGAUGAGAAUAUAGUGAACUAUAUCGUAAAGAGAAUCGAAAAGGAUCGAAAAUUCAAAUAUGAUAAUAAGACAAAGAGAAAAAUUCUAGAAAAUACUGCUAGAGCUUUUAUCUUUGAAAAUUACAUGGCCGCCAAAUUUGCGACAACCAAACGCUUUGGAAUAGAUGGAUGCGAAACGCUUAUUACGGGUAUGAAGGCACUGAUCUCAAGAGCAGCUAUGGUACACAUUGAUAGUGUACUUAUGAGUAUGUCUCACCGAGGUAGACUGAAUGUUCUUUUUAAUGUUCUACACAAACCGUUAGAACAUAUGAUGUCAGAAUUUCGAGGAAAAACAGGAUUUACGGAUAACAUAUGGGGGAAUACAGGAGAUGUGAAAUACCACUUGGGGGUGGAGAUUGAUCACUUCGAUGAAGAAUCCAAUCGAUAUAUCCAUAUGGGUAUUGUCGAUAAUUCAUCACAUCUAGAAUCUGUGGAUCCUAUUCUUAUGGGGCAAGCCAGAGCACAACAAUACUACUGCAAUGAUAAGGAAAAAGAAAAGGUUCUCCCGAUUACCAUUCAUGGAGAUGCCUCUAUAGCAGGACAAGGUAUUGCAUACGAAACAUUACAAAUGUCGAAGUUACCAAGCUACACCGUAGGAGGGACCAUACACAUUGUGGUGAACAACCAAAUUGGGUUCACGACAUAUCCAGUAGAUGCAAGAUCGGGAAAGUACUGUACAGACAUCGCUAAAUGUAUAGAUAUUCCAAUUAUCCAUGUGAAUGCAGAUGACCCGGAGGCAGUAACAUACGUUUUCGAAUUGGCACUAGACAUAAGGAACAGGUUCCAUAUUGAUACCAUUAUUGACAUUGUGGGAUAUAGACGAUUUGGACAUAACGAAUUAGACAUGCCUAAAUUCACCAAUCCUCUGCUCUACGAUAUUAUUACAAGACAUGAAUCCGUUUUGGAUCUAUACAGUAAGAAGCUAAUCCGUGAAGGAGUAAUAAGUUUGGAGGAAUUUGAGAAGAACAAAACGGAUAUAUACAAUCUGUAUGAAGAAGUGUAUGAAAAUUCAAAAUCGUUUGUGCCAACCCCGAAGGAGAAGUAUCUGCCACAGUGGGAACACAUGGUAACUCCUCAAAAAUUUUCUCCUUCAAGAAAAACAGGAGUGGAAAAAAAAGUUCUGCUGGAUCUGGGAAAACAAAUAUUUACCAUACGGGAGAAUUUCCAUGCUCAUCCCAUUAUCACCAAGUUAUUCAAGGGACGGAUAGAUAGUUUGAACACAGGAAAAAAUAUCGACUUUGGGACUGCGGAACUGUUGGCGUAUGCAACAUUAUUAUCGGAUGGAUUUCAUGCUAGACUCUCCGGACAGGAUUCACAGAGAGGCACAUUUUCACAUCGACAUGCUGUACUCCAUGAUCAGGUUACGUAUGAAUCAUAUAAUAUUUUUGAUUCGCUGAAAACACCACACACUAUAGAAGUGAAUAAUUCGUUGCUCUCCGAAUAUGCAGCCUUAGGGUUCGAAAUAGGAUAUAGUUAUGAACACCCAGAUGCACUGGUCGUAUGGGAAGCCCAGUUUGGUGAUUUUGCCAACGGGGCUCAAGUGAUGAUAGAUAAUUAUAUUGCUUCGGGAGAAACAAAAUGGAAUAAGCAAUCAGGUAUAGUAAUGUUCUUACCUCAUGGGUAUGAUGGGCAAGGUCCUGAACAUUCUUCUGCUCGAAUCGAACGUUUUUUACAACUCUGUGAUGACCGGGAAGAUAUCGCUACGUAUUCAGUGGAGAAAGACAAAACCAUAAUACAGCAACAUAACAUGCAGGUUAUUAACUGUACCAAGCCAUCCAACUUGUUUCACGCAUUAAGGCGACAAAUGCACAGAUCCUUCAGAAAACCGCUCAUUGCAUUAACUCCCAAGAAAAUGUUAAAAAUGAGAAUGGCAUUCGAUACCAUAGAAAAUUUCCUUUCAUCUACAGAGUUCCUUCCUUACUUACCUGAACAGCAAGGACACAAGUUGAACUCCAAGGAUGAAAUCAAACGGAUUAUCCUCUGUUCUGGACAAGUGUAUUACGAUCUUCUAAAUUAUAGAGAAGCCAAUGAGAUAAAGAAUAUUGCCAUUGCAACUAUUGAGCAGUUAUCUCCUUUUCCGUUUAAACAAUUCAUGCAGGAUUUACAAACCUACCCCAACUUGAGAGAUGUAAUUUGGGUUCAGGAAGAACACAUGAAUAUGGGCCCCUGGUUCUACGUUUCUCGACGUAUCGAAGCAUCCAUUCAACAACUUAAAAGGGAUAACCCAAAUUGGGAUAUCACUAUCCCCCAAGUUUUCUACUCAGGCAGAGAUGUGUACGCUGCACAAUCAGCCGGAGACCUCAACCUCCACCUCUACCAAUUGGAGGAGUUUUUGCUCGACGCGUUCAACUUAUCGAAGACUCAUCACAUGCACGCGCACAAGUACGCCCCGGUGGCGCAAUGA